AUGAGCUAUCGUAGGGAUUACCUUAAAAAGCAAUCGAUUAAAUUAAGAUCUGCGUAUUAUGAUAAGGCUUACAAGAGAUGUAAAAACAAGUUAAAUAAUCUCAUAAAAGAAACUAAACAAGAAUACUUUAGAGAUAAACUAAGCAAUGCUAAAAAUAGCAAAGAAAGUUGGCGAACUAUUAACGAAUUAUUAAACAAAAAGCCUAAAACUUCAGAGGUUAAAGAACUAGAUAUAAAUGGCCAACUUAUUACUGACGAUGAUAAAAUUGCAGAUGCCUUCAAUCAAUAUUUUUCCACAAUUGGCAGUACGUUGUCUGACAAGAUCACAGGUAACUGCACUGAUCCAAUGAACUUUGUGACUCCUCUUGAUGGUAGUAUAUUCAACUUUACAAGCAUUACACUCCAAGAAACAAUAGAUGCACUCAAUGAAAUUAAAACUAAGAAAUCUCCAGGGCUUGAUGGUAUUAGUAUAAG